ACAGACCUAUAUACCGAGAAGUGGCUGCAUACAAACAGCAAGCACAGCGCAGUUGUAUUAGGCUCUGGCUUAUAGCUGGCUGAAUCCGCAAUGGCUGUGGUAGGCAGUGGCACUAGUGGGGGACUGCCCUUCAAGUUUGUUGACAAGUACACCUCCUCAAAGUAUGGAUGUGAUGUUUGCCAGGCUGUUCCAGGCAGUGCCCUGAGAGCCCAGUGCUGUGGAGCUAUCUACUGCCAGCAGUGUGCAGAGUUGGUUACAUCGAGUGCAGCAAUAGCAGGGGAGCAGAGAGCUCCAGGCCCAUUUGUCACCAGAAACCCUGCAGCCAGCACUUGCACAAAGUGCAAGAAAGCUAACCUACGCUUGGUGCAAGACACCAGCCUCCAGCAGAGCAUAAAAGGGCUUCAAGUCGAGUGUCCGAAAGCCGGUUGUGGAUGGACGGGAAACUAUUCAGCCGCAGAACCCCACCUCAAGCAGCCUCAUGACGGCGAUGAGGAGAUCUACGAUAAUGAAUGCCCGGUCCCCGAGCAAGAGCAAGAAGAUUAUGAGGAGAUGCAACUCCUUCCACAGCACGAUCCUGGGGAGGAAAUAUAUGAGGAUACGGGUUCUCUACAGCAAGGUGAAGAUGUGGUGGAGGAAAUAUACGAAGAUACCAGUUCCCCACAGCAAGAUGAAGAUGUGGCGGAGGAACUGUAUGAUGAUACUGGUCCCCCACAGCAACUGGAAGACGUAGAAGAAGACUAUGAAGAUACCAGCCCCCCACAGCAACUGGCCCCAGCUGAGGGAGAAAUAUAUGAAGCUCCUGGUCCUGACUCUCAAGAUAUGGGGGAGCAAAUCUACGACAAUGAAAGCCCGGAAGCAGCUAGGCCUACCAACCCCAGUCCACAGCCUGAGCCCCCAUCCGACUAUCGCGAGCUGGCAACCGCUGAGGCUAACCAGCAGCAGAUGCUUGAGCCAAUGCCCGACAAAACAGAGCAGCGAGCACUGACACAAAUGUCAGCAGAGCAAGGCUCGCUGACCAGCUCCGAUUUUGAGCGAGAAAACCCGUGUCUGCGGUGCUACAAUUGCUCACACGAUAGGGAGUUUGCUGACCUGACAAGAUCAGAGAAAACGUGCUAUGUGAUCGGUUUCCUGGCAGGGCUGCUGUGGAUUCUCUUUGUUGGAGCUGUAGUGAUAGUCUCUGUGCUAAGUGGCGUGCAGAAGUUGCAUCGGGGAGAUGCGUCUAUUGCUCCCAGCUGCGGGGGAUACAGCAUCGCCCUUCUCUUGGCCGUUAUCGUGGUUCACCUGGUCAUGGCAACCUUCCUCAUUUUCUGGAUCUGCAAGGGCACCCGCAAGAGCUGCAGGGGGAGAAGGAUGAAUCGAGCAACCCUUUCUUCCCUGUGUCUACUCAUCUUCAUCUACGUCUUCGUAGUCGCCGGUUUCUCGGCAUCGGUUCUCGUGUUCGUGAACGAUUCGAGAAGCGUUGGUGUUGGCUCCAGUAAUUCCAGCCUGGUUGACAUGGGUGUGAGUGGGAAUGGAAGUGGGAGUGGAAUGGUUGGUGGUAUUGAUAGGAGUGGAGGAGGGGAGGGAGGAGGAGAAGACUGUGAGGGUGACAUGGGUUCUGGGAGUGGGGAUUUUGGCUCUGCUUGUGGCAAUCGAUCGGCAGAGGUUCAACCAAGAAGGGAGGAAAAGUGUGUCGAGUUGAUGAGUGAACAAUUUUUACUGGCGGUGGUGUUUCUUGGCCUGCUGGUGAUUUUCAUCUUUGCGAUUUCUUGCUUGCUUCGCUAUGAGUGCAGCCACAACGGUCUCUGCUACCGGAGGGAGUUUUAUGACCCCACAGUCACCGUUUUUGAAAAUGAGACUUCAUUCAACUGAGUAACACUUAUUAGUUAGUAUUGAUUGUCUUUUGCGCAUAAUAACCAAUGGACC